CCAAUGUGCAUCAGCUUGAUCAAAACACAGCGCGGGGGUUCAAGCCAGGAAGAGGAGCAGGUCAUGCCCACGUUCAUGCCAAAGUACAAUGAUCGCGAAUGAUCAAGAUAAAAGCGCCACGCUCUUCGCGUACGUGCUCGAGAGGUAGCGCACGGCAGACAACACUUUGCCAUGACAUCAUCUGUGGCCCUUGUUGGGCGCAGUCCAGCAGGUACUCGCAGGUAGAGUGUCACAGCUAGGCCGGUACAGCACAUGACCUUUGCGUACUUUGUCGAGAAGAAGGAUGCAAUGCGGCAUCGCACCUGCUUUGCUUGCUCACCACUCAUCGGUAAUGACGGCGCCCACCCCGUCGGGCGGCUGGCCUAGCGCUGAGGAUUCCGUCACGAAAACUUGCAUAUCGCCACUCAUAGAACCCCAAUGAUCCCGUUCGCGACCACUCCCUCUUGUCCUAUAAACGUGCUCGUACGCGACAAGCAUACUUCCGUACCGCCAAAGUCUUCAGUGGCUAUCCUCGACGCAGCGCCAACAGGUUCCCUCCUCUUUCGUCGUGCCGACGAUCUCCAAGCCUCUGCGCACUCUGCGGAUGCUGAAGGAGCAGAAGACAAUUCUCGCUCCUCUUCGACUGGCCAUGCGCAGCUUUCCGGCAGUGGUGCAUCCAACUCUAUACCACCCGACGUCCCUCGACAGCCUGCUGGUGCGGCGACCCAUGGCCUCACGGCAGCAGCCGCUCACGAAGCAGCAAAGGCUGCUGCGAAACCCCGUGGGAGACCGCGCACUCGCGAACCGCAAUACUACGUAGGGCCCAUUGAAGCCUUUGAGAUCCACUACGGUACCUCGGCUUUGAGAACCUUAGAGUCCAUCACAAGCCAAGAGCAGCAGUCCUUGGUACUCGAGACCAUCAACGGCGCUAUGCGCCACUGGCAAAAAUCCUUCCGUCACGUUCAAACUUACUUUGUGGAUCAGCUCGCACCUGUCAACAACAGACCCGAAGUAUGGGAAGUUGGAGGCGAGGCCAAAAGCUUUCGAGGAUAUCGUCUCAAGAGUCUGAAAAGGAUCUUCAUCGAACCCAAAUUCGCUGAACACGGUCUUGCACACAUCCUCUUCCCGUCCCCGCGUCAAAGCAGUCAAGGUGGAGCAGUUCGAGUCGGUCCGUCUCGAGCAUCCGCAGCAGAAGCAGAGCCGAAGAAGGUCAUGGGCAUAGGUUAUGGCAAGCACGUGACAGCGAUCAUCAACAGCCUGCCUCCAUCCUUGAUGCUAUAUCCGAUCGAGGACAUGAACAGCGCUUUGCGCGAGUGGGGCAAGCAACACCCACAGGUGCAUCAUUUGCAGGUCGAGAGCAUGGAGAAGAUGAAGGAUGAUGGAGGCGCGUGGAUCAUCAAAGGUCGUGCCUUCAACGACAAGAUGAAGAGCUUGCCCUCUUUCAAGAGCAUUAUGGUACGACCUGAUUUUAGAUUGGGCUUGGAGAUGCCAAUCGUUCGGCAUCAAUCCGGCCUUCAGCGCCAUCACAGCCAUACGCGUUCAGACCGCUCCCAGCAAGACCGCGACCCGCACGCAUCUGGCUCCCAUGAUCAGAUGCUGCACCAUCCUACACCGUCAAUCAUGGGCCAAAGCUCUUUGUCAAAAUUGCCCUACCUGGAUCAUCCCCAAGCAUCGCAGCCGUUGAGCCAUGCUCUGCACCGCCCGAUGCCAUGGCCUGCCGGCCACGCAUCUGCAUCGAAUCCGGCGCACCUCUUGCUUGCGCAGCACUAUGGGCAUGCCCAAAACGAUCCACCUGUCCAGCUUGGCAGCGCACCGCUUCCAGCCCAAGCAGACCACAGGCACCUUUGGUCGGAAGAGUCGCUCCAUGCUUACCACCACGCAUCCAGCGCAGAGGCUCAACCUGCCAUGUACGCGGCCUUUGACAAGCCUAGCUCUGUAGUGCAUGGUACAGAAGGACACAAAACCCUCGCGGCGCAUCGGCCCCUGAUGGAUGAUAGUGCAGCUCAGCAUGCUUCCGGCCCGUCGGUGCGGUACGUCACUUCGCCUCGUCAGCUCUUUUCGCACAAUGAGCGCAUCUUUGCCCCGCACCGAGAUGGCGGUAUUGCAGCUCCCAGCACAGUGCAUGGCGCGCUGCAAAGCAUCGACCACCCUGCUCCGCUCGAGACCGACGCACGGAACGUCGCGCUGCCCGACCACGCUGUGCAAUCUCCCUCGUCGUACGCAUCGAGGCUCAGACACCUCACAAUGCCACCUGCGCCGCACUGGUAGAAACGCCGCUUGGUGAAAGGUGUACCUCAUCGACGCGUCGCGUGUGCGGCCGUGCUCAGCAUCUCGCGACGUAUGUAGACAGCUGUCUGCGUUGAGCAUUACCCGGGCGUCCCAAAGCUGGCUUCUCGAAAGACCCUCGUGUCAGAUGCGCACCCAUUCACCGAUUUGUAAAGCUCUCAAUUCCAAGGUGUGCUUUUGUAAUCCCGCAAAAUGACCCCUACGCUCUCGGGUCCGUUGAGUCCCACUUCGCUAGCCACUGCUGUAAUGUACCUGGCAGGCGUGAGGUCGUAAAGCAGGCUCUUGACGCCCAAGUUCGGUGCUUGCAGAUCCGUCGGCCGUAAUUGAGGGUUGGCAGCGGCGCUGUCGAAGCUGAGCAAGUUCAGAGGAUCGCCUGUCGAGCGCGUGGGUUGAUCGCGAUCAGCACGUAGGAAGCCGUCAUCGCAGUCCCGCUGACCGACCCCAC